GGCUUAUAUCAAUUUAGCACCAUAGCUGGCCAGCUAGCCUUAGGAGGCUAGCAUUUUUCCUCAUACUAUUGGGUCAACUGUAAAUUGUUUUUUUUUUAAACUGCUGGUGAAUGUCCAUUAUUCGUGUUGUCAGUGUGACUUUGAGAUUUUCUGCUUCCUUCUCAAACUCCCCGUUGUGAAGAUACGGAAGCGCAAUACAACGGCGACAUUUACCGGGUGUACCAGCAAACUGGAGCUGGCUAACAGUAGCUAUUAGCUUUGGCAGUACAGCAAGUUAGACUGCUGGCUAGGCAACCAUUACUGUAAAGGCGGCUUCAGACCGGCUGUUGAGAUACCUCUGACAGUUGCCAUAAUAGAAGGGAAAGUGUGAUUGGAGGCCUAUGAGGAAGCCACGUCGAAAAGGCCAGGUGGCUGGAAAAGGGGGCACAGAUGCCAGGAAGUCCAAUGGGGUGGUUGGCGGGCGUGGGGGGGCCCGCCAGCGGUCCCCAUCCCCCUACAGUCUCAAGGCAUCUCCAAGCAGAGAGACUCUAACCUAUGCCCAGGCGCAGAAGGUGGUGGAGGUGGAACUGGAUGGUAGGCUUCAUCGUAUUUCCAUUCUGGAGCCCUUGGAGGUUAUUACUGAAGAUGAGAUGAUGGCCCAAGACAUUAUUGAGUGUAACAGCAACAAGGAAAACAAUGAACAGCCAUCUGUACCUGCCAGUAGUGCCCAAACAGUUCGCAAGCCUGUUACACCCCGAGGCCGCAGGAAAGACUCCAAAUGCACCCCCAUUAAGUCACAGCCAUCUUCUAAAAACCACUGCCCCAGUUCACAUCCACAAACACCAGAAAAGUUAAAUGCAUCACAUCAUCAUCACAUGAACCUCCCUGACCCCAAAUUUCGUGUCCAAGAAACUUUCACUCCGGUUGAGGCACCUCCUCUGCCUACGGCAUAUUACCGUUACAUUGAACGCUCAGCUGAGGAGCUGGAAGCUGAGGGAGAGUAUGACAUGGAUGAAGAGGACAUGGCCUGGCUGGAGAUGGUCAAUGAUAGCCGGACAUUGGAUGGUUACUCAGCUGUCUCAGCAGACACCUUUGAACUACUGGUGGACCGGCUAGAGGAGGAGGCUUACCGUGAAGCCCGCAGCCGGGCGCCUUCUCAAAGCACUAUUGACGAUGAUGCCUUCUGCUGCGUGUGCCUGGAUGAUGAAUGUCUAAACAGCAAUGUCAUCCUCUUUUGUGACUCCUGCAACCUGGCUGUGCACCAGGAAUGUUAUGGAGUGCCCUACAUCCCUGAGGGUCAGUGGCUGUGCCGCUGCUGCCUCCAGUCUCCUCAAAAACCUGUUGACUGUGUUCUCUGCCCAAACCGGGGCGGUGCUUUCAAGCAAACGAGUGAUGGCCAAUGGGCACAUGUCGUCUGUGCUAUCUGGAUCCCCGAGGUCUGCUUUGCGAACACAGUGUUUCUGGAACCAGUGGAAGGGAUUGGUAACAUCCCUCCUGCACGCUGGAAACUCACCUGCUACCUGUGCAAGCAGAAGGGCCGAGGGGCAUCCAUUCAGUGCCACAAGGCUAAUUGCUACACCGCAUUUCACGUCACGUGUGCUCAACGUGCCGGGCUGUUCAUGAAGAUUGACCCUGUGAGGGAGACAAACAUGAAUGGGACCACAUUCUCUGUUAAGAAGACGGCCUUCUGUGAGGCUCAUUCGCCACCAGGACAAGAUGCUGGCUCAGAUGAGGAGAAUGAAGGGAGAGUGGUGGGAAGUAGAGGAAGGGCUAGCAGAGGGCGCAGUGCAUAUACUGAGGGGCCUACAACACCAAAAAAAAGCAGAAAGACAGAUGAUGAUGCAAAGAUGGAUAAAAAGAAAGGGAAGAAAAGUACAGAGUCAAUAGUACCGCGCACUGCUUCACCACUUGUAACGUUGCCACAGAUACCUACGAGCAGACUGAACAGCAUCUGCAGAGGUGUCCUACUCCAAAGGAAAAACCAGUUCAUGCAGCGGCUACAUAGCUUCUGGUUGUUGAAACGACAAUCGAGGAAUGGUGUGCCCCUGGUCCGGCGUUUGCACUCUAAUGUCCAGUCCCAAAGGAACACUGAACAGCCUGAGGUGGAUGAAAAGGUUUCUGCUGCAAGAGAAGCCCUGAGAUACUGGCAGAAGCUUCGCCAUGACCUUGAGAAAGCCAGGCUGUUGGUGGAGCUCAUCCGCAAGAGGGAGAAACUCAAACGAGAACAGGUCAAAGUUCACCAGGCAGCUCUGGAGAUACAGCUAACCCCGAUGUUGGUAUUGCUCCGCUCCACUCUGGACCAGCUGCAGGAGAAAGACACAGCCCAGAUCUUCGCACAGCCAGUCAACAUUAAGGAGGUCCCAGACUACUUGGAUUUCAUCAGCCAGCCCAUGGACUUCUCAACUAUGCGUUCGAAGCUUGAGAAACAUGCGUAUCGCUCCUUGUCUGAACUGGAGGCUGAUUUCAACCUGAUGGUGUCCAACUGCCUCCUGUACAACUCCAAAGACACAGUCUUUCACCGAGCGGCACUUCGUCUCCGGGACUUGGGCGGAGCCAUACUGCGACAUGCCCAGCGACAAGCCACCAAUACCGGCCUGGACCUGGACACUGGCAUGCAUCUCCCUGAAUCACCACAGAAGCGCGACUUCUACAGCUGCACAUGGGAAGAUGUUGACAGUGUCCUUGAUCCAGAGAACCGGCUUCAUAUGACAGUGGAAGAACAGCUGAAGGUGCUUUUGGACAAGCUGGACUUUGUCACCUCCGUGCGAUGCAGUGGUGCCCGAACACGACGCAUCCGCCUGCUCCGACGCGAGAUAAACAGCAUUCGGCAUAGACAGGGCCAAUACCCUCGCCACAGCCUCCACAACGGUCAUCUGAAAGAUGACGACACAGACGAGGACGAUGAGGAAGAUGAAGACAAAGACACUCAGGCAGACAACAGCCUUUCGUCUUCAGACAAAGAAGACCUCAAAUCUUCUUCGCCUCCAACACUGGAACCCACGGGACCGGCUCCUCCUCCACGGCAGGGGGAUGCACCUCUGGAGCCCCCCACCCUGCGACCAAUCACAAGGUCCCCCAGCUGGCCCUCUAAACGCCUGAAGUUGGAUGGCGACCUCUCUGACAAGACCCUUGAAAUCAUUAAUUGCACUAAAACACAAGAGCAGCCUGCAUCACCACCCCCUGUGUUGCACAGUGAAAAGGCAGCGGUGACCAAUGGCUUACUGGAGCCCAGUACCCCCCCUCGGCCCACCAUGGGCGGAGUUGGCCGUCGCACCUCUGUGUUAUUCAAGAAGGCAAAAAAUGGAGCAAAACUGUUCAGAGAACGAGACAAUCCUUUGCUGAAUGGUAAGGGGCCACAGGAUGAUAAUACAACAAUAGACUCCACAACUAGUGCCCCGUCCAUCACAGCCCUAUCCACUUCAUUGAAGACCCCACAGAAAAGCCCCGGACCUCCCAACCUUAGAACACCUGAACAACGUACCCAUACUCGAGACAAACAGUCAGAUGGCAAGCGGGAAAAGACACCAAAUCAUACACUGGAGAGUGGACUGACAAAUGGCUUCAACAAACACAAAGACGGCAGGUCCGACUCUGAGUGCAGCCCUUGUCCAAUCCUCCACAACGAAAACAACUCACCACCAAAACGAAGCCUUGGGAAACCAGCUCUUUCCAAAGUCCCAUUCCUGGAGAUUGUCAACGGAGACUCUGACUACACUUGGAAUGCCAGUCAAACAUCAGAUGAUGAGAUGGAACUGGAACCAUUAGAUCUGGUCUGGGCCAAGUCUCGUGGAUACCCUUCUUAUCCUGCUCUGAUCAUUGACCCAGACAUGCCUGAGGAGGGCCUGCUGCACAACGGGGUCCCCAUCCCCGUCCCACCGAAAGACGUCCUUCGUUUAGGGGAGCACAAACAGGAGGAGACCGACAACAGGCUCUAUUUGGUGCUGUUUUUCGACAACAAGCGGACAUGGCAGUGGCUCCCACGGGACAAGGUGACACCCCUUGGCAUAGACGACACAGCUGACAAGCUGCGCAUGAUGGAGGGCCGCAAGUCCAGCAUCCGCAAGUCUGUUCAGGUGGCCUACGACCGUGCCAUGAUCCACCAGAGCAGAGUGAGCCACAGCCAGGGCUUCGUGGCCUCCAGCUACCUGUAGAGGGCAGCAGAGUCAUACACUAUGAAGCUGUCAGUCUUCAGGCAUCCACGGAGCUUCUAAGUCCUGCUGCAAGCUUCAGUUAUUCCCACUGUGGUCUGGAGACAGUGCAGUGGCAUCACUGCAUCUUUGACUGUAUGAUUUUAUAAUUUUUUAAAAUCAAACCACUAGUGUCUGACCCACAGAGCAGUGGUCUUUGCCCUCAUGUCACCAGCGAGGAUGUGGAACUCCAUGCAAUGAUUUAUUACCUUCUGGUGCCGGGUUGCUGCAGUCCGUAAGCGCUUUCAGGCUUACAUCACCGUGGACGUUUUGAAGCUGUCUGGAUCAAAUGAAAGGAAAGCCCCUCUCUUUUUUGUACAAUGCUAAUGCCAAGGAAUUAGUGUCAGAGAAGAGAUUGGACAUAUUUGUAUGAAAUGCAGACUAAUGAAUGGAUCACUGCCAUCUUUUAUACAAUAGCUUUGUACUUUUUAAUCUUUUACGGAAACACUUGUAAAUUAUAAAGGCACACUGUGUACAUACGUAUGUGUAUUGUCUUAGCAAUUUAAUUUAAUGUAGCUGUUUUUAAAUGCGUAUUUCAAUCAACCCACAAGGGAGAGAGAGAGGCUGUGUAUAUUUGUGGAGAUGAAACAAUUCCUGACUUGCUGCAGUAUAUUUAGCUCAUCUUUGAUGUAAUUUCAUUGUGCUUUGUGUGUAAAGUCAGAGCAUAUGGUACAAUGAGCUGAUGUUCUUUGUAUUUGAAUUCUCUUUUUGAUACAGAGAGAAAUAAUUUAUUUAUGGAAAGAUAGAACUAAAGCUAUAUUGGAUAAAGUUGAGAGUGAAAUUUUAUUUAAAACAAACAGACCAAGUUUUUCAAGAUGCGCAGCCCACAUUAGUUUGUCAUCAGUU